ACAGGUAUUAUCAUUCUAACGUGGAUAUGUGUUAUAUCAUGCUGUCAGACAACUACCAAAUGAUAUUCUAUCGAUAGAAAUGGCCAGGUGUGCAGAAGUUCUGCCAACAGCGUUUGUAAUCAUUUUGUUGAGUAUAUUUCCCGGGAGUCGAAUGAGUAUCAACCUAAAGAGUCAAUUGACACUGGAUGCAACGUCUUCGUCUCCAUAUUACCCGGUGUCCACGACCAAAGACGGAAAAUAUGGUCCUUUUUCUUCGUAUGUUUGCAUGGCCUCCUACGGAGCAAAAAUGGUCUGGUGGCGAGGUACCUUUCCUUCUAAGGCAAGAAUACAUAGAAUCGACAUUGUAUUUAGAGGUCCAGAUCGUGCCGAUGGUUUUGCCUUGUGGGUAUCAAACGAUACAGGUAUACCGUCUGGUAUCAAAUGUUAUGAGGAUGUGGACGCCGGCUUCCCAAACGUAACUCAAAACAUCACCUCGUGUAACAGAACCGGUCGGAGAGUGAUGAUAAUCAUCACAAGGACAGCACCAACACUAGCGUAUAUGGACGUGUGUGAGGUGGAUGUAUAUGGUUGUUUUAAACAUAAAUACGGUGACCAGUGUCAAUACAAUUGUGCCAACUGUAAACACGGCUGUGACCCUGACAAUGGAGUUUGUGAUUCUACACACUGUAAUGCGGGCUGGACUGGACCACGGUAUUGUAACCAAACUUGUUCAUCAGUUACAUUUGGAGAGAACUGUGUUGAGGAAUGUCAUUGUAAAAUGCCCGUAUGUAACGGAGUGACCGGGCUCUGUCAAACACCAGGAUGCCAGGCUGGUUACCAUGGGACUAGUUGUAGUCAAGUUUGUUCGAAUACAACGUUUGGCGAGAACUGCUCAUCCAAGUGUCACUGUGAUGAUCCUGGUUGUGACUCAGUAACAGGUCAUUGUAACGUACCCGGAUGUGGGGCCGGCUGGAAGGGGAAGUCAUGUAAUAUACCUUGUGCCGAGGGAAUGUUCGGUAAGGAUUGUAACACUCGAUGUCACUGCGCUGUACCCGGAUGUGAUAAGGCAGAUGGAACUUGUACAGACACAAGUGCAGGCUGUUUAGAUGGCUGGAAUGGUUCUUCAUGUAGCCAAGCAUGUGUUGCUCCUUAUUUUGGAAACAAGUGCACAUCACAAUGUAGAUGCAAAACAUUCGGUUGUAACCACGUCUAUGGGACAUGUGCAAUACCUGGAUGUAUAUCUGGGUGGAUGGGAACGUCAUGCUCAACACAAUGUCCCGCAAACAUGUUUGGAGAAGACUGUCUCCUCACGUGUCAUUGUAACACACCCGGAUGUAGCCGCCUCCAUGGAACUUGUUUUUCAUCAGAUGGUUGUAGUGAUGGAUACAUUGGUAGCUCGUGCAGUACAAAAUGCAUAUCAGGACAUUUUGGUGCCAACUGUACGAAUCAAUGUCGUUGUAAGGAUGCUGCAUGUAGUCAUGUGACAGGAAACUGCUCUGCAUCCGGAUGUCUGCCAGGCUGGAGAGGUGACACGUGUAGUGAACGAUGUCUAAAUUCAUCAUAUGGACAAGAUUGUAUGUUCACGUGUGGUCAGUGUUUUAACAUGACGGUGUGCAAUCACGAAAAUGGACAAUGCAAAGAGGGGUGCAUGAAUGGUUACUAUGGCAAUUCCUGUCAUUCAGAUCAGCCGAUAUCGGAUAAAGACGUCACCGGAAGUGAUACUGGGGGCACAGUAGGAGGAGUAAUCGGAGCGUGUUUGAUCGCUGUGGUAGUCAUUGGUAUUAUAAUUUUGCUGAAAAGAAGACAACAGGCUGAAAGUGAAAACAGUCCUAAAUACAAACCAAACACGAGGCUCUUCAUUAAGGAUACUGGAAUGCAUGAAUGUUUACCCGAAGAGGAAAACAAUGAUUCUGUACAGAAACCGAAGAACUUAAAUAAAGAUAAAGAAAGGACGAGCAUGAAGUCACCAGGGUUGAAGGACAUUGACAUAGACGACGAAGAAAACAUGUACGCAAACUCUGGUGGAAAUUUUAGUGAUGUCUACGAGUCGUUUCCGAUACCCGUAAAAAAAUUUGGGGCUGUCUUAGAGCUAAAAGAAGCUGGCGAACUUCUGGACAAGGAAUACCAGACUUUACGAUCUGGUGCUGUACACCCACAUGUUGAAGGGAAGAAGGAGUACAACAUCCCCAAAAAUAGAUUUAAUUCGAUAUUUCCGUACGACCACUCCAGGGUGAUUCUCGAGGAUCAGAAGUCGGAACCGGGAUCUGAUUAUAUCAACGCCAACUAUAUUGACGACAGCACAUCCAGAUCAAAAGUCUACAUUGCAGUGCAAGGUCCAAAGAAAAAGUUUUUCGAGGCAUUUUGGCUGAUGAUUUGGCAGCAAAAAUGUCAAACUAUUGCUAUGCUGGCCAAUUUAUACGAAAAUGGAAAGAACAAAUGCUACAAAUAUUGGCCGAAUAUGGACGACCCGAUCACCACGGCGACAUUUGUCAUCAACCUGAACUCUGAAAAACAGUACGCUUUCUACGUCAUAAGGGUUAUUACGCUGAAACAUAGACACAAAGGCAAAGUGCGACAAAUACACCAGUUUCACUACACAAAAUGGCCUGACCACGACAUACCAGAUGUGUUGGAACUUGUCAUGUUUCACCGACAUCUGCAGCGUUUACGGACAAAAGGAGAGGGACCACUCAUUGCUCAUUGCAGUGCAGGAAUAGGGAGAACAGGAACUUUGAUUGCAUUGGAUGCCUUGUUGGAAGCAGGGAAGACGGCAGACGUGAUAGACAUACAUGGAUAUGUAACAAUCAUGAGGAACAAUCGAAUGAACAUGGUCCAAACUGUGAAUCAGUACAAAGCACUUCAUCAGGCUCUCUUAGAAGGACUUAAUUUCCCGUACAGCCUUCAAACAAAAACAGAUUUCAUCAGCUCCGAAGAAAGCGACAUCUAUGAGGUUCCUGUAAACCACACACAACGCAACAAGGAGUUUCAGACUCUUAAAGAUGUUAAUGCAAUCAGUGAAAAACGUUUGGAAUACGUUUCUGCAAAGUCUACAGAGAACUGGAACAAGAACCGCGACAUGGAUAUUCUACCAGACGACAACUACAGAGUAGUCCUAUACUCAGAUAUUUCUCAGAGGAACAACUACAUCAACGCCAUUAAACUUCCGAGCUUCCGGCAUCACCUGAGGUAUCUAGUAACACAAUUCCCUCUGAAACAUACAAUUGUGGAUUUCUGGACCAUGGUAUCUGAAUAUCGCUCCAGUACUAUCGUCUGUCUGGAGGAUUCUGUAGGCGAAAAGGAAAUUCCGUGGUGGCCCGAAAAAUCCAGGGUCAAGUAUGUUGCUCCAUUUGAGAUACGGUCGAUGUCGGUCGAACGAUGUGAGGAUAGCAUUAAUGCAUCCAUGUUGGAGAUAAAAAACAAGCAAAGUAACAGUAAUCAACGUGUGAAGCUGUUCCGAGUCAGUAAUUGGGAAAACGAUUCGUCCAUUCCAUCAAGUCAGACUGUCCUGUGUAAACUCCAUUAUUUGGUAGAGGCAUGGAUGAUGUCUCGAGAGCAGGGACCAAUCGUGGUCACGUGUUUGGACGGAGCCAAACGCUGUGGUCUAUACUGCCUUAUUAGUACAACGUUGGAGAGACUGGAUAUGGAGUCGGAUAUCGACUUGUACGCUACCACAAGACAGCUGCAGAUCCGGCGUCCACAAUUAGUUGCUUCUAUGGACCAGUACAAAUAUACAUGGACUGCUGUGAAAGCCUAUCUUCAAACUAUGGGAAACAGCUACGACCAAGAGUACCAACAUGAAGAGGCAGUUUAUCAGAACAAUCCAUGAUGUGAAAGGUCUGGGUAUUGUGUCUCCGGAAACGACCAACACAUCACUGUUUAAGCGUUUCUUACUAAUACAUCGUCAAGUAAACGUUGAUGAUGAUCCCGAUUCUAAUGGGAUUCUGGACGUUUUCUCUCACAAUUGGUGAGGACAGUUUGAUUUCCCUUUUUAGUUCAGCACAUUUGUGUACUUUAGAUAAAUUACUAUGAAGAUACAUUUUAACUAAACUUGCUAUUGUAUUUACCUGUAAAGACUAAUGUCAUUAGUGCUAUAUAUUCGUUUCCCCAACGAGUGAUGGUUACAUGUAUCACGUGAAUCGAGUUAGUUAAUUUUAAAUCACGCGAGGUAUACCGAGAAUUAGAUAAACAUGAUAUUCAACCACUAGUGAGUAACCAGAAUGUUUACCUAAUCCUGACAGAUUUAAACCAAUGAGCCGGAAAUGUUUGGUAUCCUAAAGUGGUUGUGGGAGAAAUUGACAUUGGCUUUAAAUACUCAUUCCAAGUAUUGUGUUAUAGUAAUUCUUACUUUAAAGAAUCAUACUUAAUAAUAUGUUAUACUUACCUAUAAGGAUCAUACUUGAAAAUGUGUUAUAUUUUCUGUACAAUUAAGAAUCAUACCUUAUAUUAUACUCACCUGUACCGUAAAAAUCUAUUUUGUUAAUGUGUUGUAUAUACCUAUACUAUAAAUAAUCAUACGUAUCAAUGUACUUACAUUAUGUAUAACUCACGCCGACAAAACACCGACUUCCGUCAGUGAGAUGAAACCCGUAAGGGCGGAUUCAUGUAGGCACAAAACCCUUCAACCAACCAAUGUACUUAUCGUAAAUAUUAAUAUGUAACAUUACCUAUCAUACUCAUCAAUGUUUUGUAUUUUCUGAUACUAUAAAGAAUUAUACUUUUCAAUUAUUUAUAUUUACUAGGGUUGUCGAACAAAAUUAGUUAUAUUUUAAUCUAUUUUAAAGAUGCAUAAUUACUAAUGUGCUAUAUUUAGAUAAGAUAAAGGGGUAAAUUCAUUGACGUUUUUUUUAAUUUCAAGAUAGUGCUAGAUUUCCUCUCAUAUGGUCAUUUUUCUCAUAGACUCAUCAACAGUACAUUGCAUUUAAUAAGGCCAAAGAACGAAAAUAUAUGACCGCCUAAAUUGUUCAUAAGCAUACGUAAUAAUGUACCAAAGCAACCUUUCCAUGAGCUAGCUUUUAAUUUUACUGGAAAUCAUCUUAAUACACACUGUAUUGC